UCUACAGAAGACCAGCUGAAACAACUAGCCUCAUGGGAUUGAGCAACUACUAGAUUCUUGGACUUCUCACUAAUUGUUGACCAUUGUUGGGGUAGUUGGACCACAGACUAUAAGUCAUCACAAUAAAUUCCCUCAACUUAGAGAGACAUUCCAUAAAUUCUGUGAUUCUAAAGAACCCUAACUAAGACAGUAUUCAUGUAUCAAACAUUACUGCUUUAACAACAAAGAUCAGAGAAGCAACUACUAAACAACUCAGUCUAUGGAAGCAAACUGUGACAAAACCAGGCAAAUACAAUAAUGGGAGAAAACUACAUAGCCAUUUGUCUUAUCAUCAAUUACUUAAAACACCUCAAUAAAAUACUGGCAAAAAACAAUAAUAAAACAUGAGAUUGUAUUCCACAGCUGAAAAGGAUUUACCCAAGAACAUAUUGGCUCAACAUACAACAAUAAUUAAAUAUGCCUCAUGGACAAAAUGUCACAAUUGUCUACAUUAAUGAAGAAAAUCAUUUCAGAAAAUCUGAUAAUUGGAAGAGGAAAACACAAAGUGUCUGUAUGUAUAAAUGGUGUGACCUUGCAUGUAUAAAAUUCUAUGUAAUCUCCAAAUAUUCUAACAUUAGUGAACAAGUUCAGCAGAUGUGUACAAUAGAAGAUCAUUAUCCAAAGAAUAACCAUCUCUACGUGUUUGCAUUUGAAUCCAGUCCUUGGAUUCAAAAGGAGCUGGAUGCUUAGAAAGGAAGCAAACAAGUGUGUAGACAUAUUUUAUACAGAACAAUAGACAAUACUGGAGGAUAUUGCAGAAGACCUAUCCAAGGAGGAAAUGUAUGUGAACUCUAAGACUGGAUAUUACAGAUUACCCUCAAACUAGUUUACAACUUAAUGGAGUCAUUAUCAAAAUGUCAGUUUGCCUUUUCCCCAGAAGUUGCAAAACAUCUCUAAAUUUUUCAUUUGUAAAUCCAAGGACUACUGAACAGCCAGAAAAAAAAGAAAAGAAAAAAUGACAAAUUUUAAAAAAUCAUGUUUCCUAAAUUUAGAGAAAUGUUCUAAAUUGGAAAUAAAUUCUUUGAGUGAUUUUUAUACAUUAAAUACAUAGAUACUAUUUUCUAUUUAAAUACAGGCUGGAAAUAGUUGUUAGUUGUCUGACAAUGCAUCAAAAAUUUGUAAUGUCAAACUACUUCCAAAUGCUUUAGAAUUAGGAGGUUAGCCAAUAUUAAACUUAGGUUUGCACUAUUUGGUUUGCUGCUAUUUCACUCAGCUGUCAGCUGAUGAAUCUGAUCUAUGCAUCUGUAUCGGUACAUUGGGGUAUUUCAAAAGGCAAUGCUUGUGUAAUAGUUUAUACUAAUGAUACAAACUGUUGAUAUUAAGAAUGUAACUUUGUUCUUUAGGCACUGUGAGAAAGCACUGUUAGAAAUAGGAUUUCUUGAGGUUUUUUAAACCUGGUUAUUCAAAAUUUAAAAGCAUGUGUGGGAAGAGCAGCUGUCUUCUCCUUUAUGUAAAUGAUUCUUCUUGUACACAGUAGUGGAUGACUUUACCAAAUUAUGCAGUAUAAGAUAAUAACAAUGUUGCCAAAGACAAAACUAUAUACACUUUCAACAGGGCAUUAAUCUGAACAUUAAGAAUGUGUUUUGAUAUUAAAGAAUUGUUUGACUUAAAACUAGAACUGUAUCAAUUAUCCCAAAAAGACACAGGGUGGCGCUGCAGGCUAAGAUUGUGAUUGAAAAGCUCUAAAGUACCCGGAAUCGCUUGUUGCAAUACAGAACAAAAGACGCAGGCAAGAGCUUUGCAAGCACUGUGGAGCUAUACGGGGUUUGGGGCAAGAAUAUGAUGGACUAAUAUGAGAAUAAGAGCAACACCGUGAAGUCACCUGAAGAGGAAAUCAGAAUCAGUCUUUCAAAGCAUUGGGAGACUGCUACAGGAUUGGAUGCAAGCAUGCACUUCCCCACCAUGGAGAAGCUGAGGAAGAUUCACCUAAACAGGCAAGUAAUGCUGUUUAUUUUUAUGAUGACUUUGGUUCUGGUUUGCAGUGAGCCAACAACUCGAUACUCUAUCUUAGAGGAAACAGAAAGUGGCUCCUUUGUAGCCCAUCUGGCCAAGGAUCUGGGUCUGGGAGCUGGGGAGCUGGCUGCCAGGUCUGCACGGGUGGUGUCUGAUGAUUACAAGCAGAGAUUGCUGCUGGAUCCUGAGACUGGGGAUUUGAUUCUGAGAGAGAAACUAGACCGGGAAGAGCUGUGUGGCUCUGUGGAUCCCUGUGUGCUGCCUUUCCAGGUGUCUCUUGAAAAGCCAGUGCAAUAUUUUCAAGGAGAAUUAUUGAUCCAGGACAUAAAUGAUCAUGCUCCAGAAUUCCCAGAUAGAGAAUUGCUCUUGAAAAUUCCGGAAAACAGCCAGCCAGGCACACGAUUUUCAUUGAAAUUAGCCCAGGAUUUGGAUGUGGGCAGCAAUGGGCUUCAAGAGUACAGAGUCAGCACCAACCCUCAUUUUCAUGUCCUCACUCGAAAUAAUAGUGAAGGCAAGAAAUACCCAGAGUUGGUGCAGGACAGAGCCCUGGACAGAGAGGAGCAGGCAGAGCUGAGCUUAACCCUCAUGGCUCUGGAUGGAGGAUCUCCACCGAGGUCAGGAACAGCCCUAGUUCGAAUCCUGAUCAUAGACAUCAAUGACAAUGCUCCUGAGUUUGUGAACAGCCCCUAUGAGGUGCAGGUCCCAGAGAGCAGUCCCCCAGACUCCCCAAUCCUGACUGUCUUAGCACGGGAUGCAGAUGCUGGCAACUUUGGGAGUGUUUCCUAUGGCUUGUUCCAAGCAUCAGAUGAAAUCCAACAAACAUUCUCAAUAAACGAAACUACUGGAGACAUGCGACUGAAAAAGAAAUUGGAUUUUGAAAAAAUUAAAUCUUACCAUGUGGAAAUCGAGGCCACAGACGGAGGAGGGCUUUCUGGGAGAGGUUCUGUGAUGAUAGAGGUGUUGGAUGUGAACGACAAUGCCCCAGAGCUGACCAUAUCUUCACUGACCAGCUCAGUCCCAGAAAAUGCUCCUGAGACCAUAAUCAGCAUCUUCAGAGUUGGAGACAGGGAUUCUGGGGAGAAUGGAAAGGUGGUUUGCUCUAUCUCAGAAAACCUGCCAUUCCUUCUAAAAUCCACUUUCAAGAAUUUCUACACUCUGGUGACAGAGAGCCCUCUGGACAGAGAGAGUAGAGCUGAAUACAACAUCACCAUCUCAGUCUCAGACCUGGGCACACCCAGGCUCACAACCCAGCACACCAUAACAGUGCAGGUGUCUGACAUCAACGACAACGCCCCCGCCUUCACCCAAACCUCCUACACCAUGUUUGUCCGUGAGAACAACAGCCCCGCCCUGCACAUAGGCACCAUCAGUGCCACAGACUCAGACUCAGGCUCCAAUGCCCACAUCACCUACUCGCUGCUGCCGCCCCAGAAUCCACAGUUAGCCCUCACCUCAUUAAUCUCCAUUAACCCUGACAAUGGGCAGCUGUUCGCGCUCAGGGCGCUGGACUAUGAGGCCCUGCAGGCCUUCGAAUUCUAUGUGUGUGCCACAGACCAAGGUUCACCAGCGCUCAGCAGCCAGGCUCUGGUGCGCGUGGUGGUGCUGGACGACAAUGACAAUGCGCCCUUUGUGCUCUACCCACUGCAGAACGCCUCUGCACCCUGCACCGAGCUGCUCCCCAGGGCAGCGGAGCCAGGAUACCUGAUCACCAAGGUUGUGGCUGUAGACUGCGACUCUGGCCAGAAUGCUUGGCUGUCAUUCCAGUUGCUCAAGGCCACAGAGCCCGGGUUGUUUAGCGUGUGGGCACACAAUGGCGAGGUACGCACCACCAGGCUGCUGAGCGAGCGAGAUGUGCCCAAGCACAGGCUACUUCUGCUGGUCAAGGACAAUGGGGACCCUGCACGCUCUGCCACAGUCACGUUGCACGUGCUACUUGUGGAUGGAUUUUCACAGCCCUAUCUGCCUCUGCCGGAAGUUGCUCGGAACGCCGUUCAGGAAGAUGAUGAUGCUCUUACACUGUAUCUGGUCAUUGCCUUGGCAUCUGUGUCUUCUCUCUUCCUCUUGUCUGUGCUGCUGUUUGUGGGUGUGAGGCUGUGCAGGAGGGGCAGAGAGGUUUCUCUGGGUGGCUGCUCUAUUCCUGAUGGACACUUUCCUAGCCACCUGGUGGAUGUCAGUGGAGCAGGGACCCUGUCUCAAAGUUACCAGUAUGAGGUGUGUCUGAGGGGAGACUCUGGGACUGGUGAGUUCAAGUUCCUGAAACCCAUGGUCCCCAAUGCUGGGAUAGAAAUUAUGGAAAGUCCCCACUGCAGGGAAAGCUUUGUAUUCAACUAAAUAUUCUAAAUGGUCCAAUUAAUCCUAAAAAUUAAUAUACUUUUUGUAGGUAAGUGUAAUAUUAACUAGUUUUCAAAAAACUGCUACCUUGUGUGCAGGUCUCCAACAGCUCUCAUUUUUCCUAUUCAUACUAAGCAUGCUUAGGCUGUCACUAUAGCACAUGUUAAGUAUGAGGUUUUUAUGCAGUCAAUGUCUUUGAUGACUAAUAUUCUCAUAACUACAAGUAACUCAAGUAACAGAAUUUCUUCAAACUUUCAAAAGAAAAUUUGAAUUUCUAUAUAUAAUUAUGACACCUGUUUUAACUGUGUCUUUUAUCUUUUUAAGGUUAGAACGCUUAGAAUUUUAUUUGGCCUUAGCAUACUUACUUUUCCUAGAUCAUGUUAGAUGCAUUUCAAUAGAACACUCAAUUGUGACACUUGUUACGAGCAUCAUAAAUGUUAGUGUUUGUUUUACGUUUGUUCCUGAAAGUGUUUUAAAAGCAGUCAGGCUAAAAAUUUCCAUUAAUUAUAUUUUAAUAAAAAUUGAAAGAGUGCAUAUUUUAUAAUUUGUCAUCCCUUUCAUGAAAUAAAAUUGUUAAUCCAUUGCUAAGCAUGAUUUUUUUCAAUAAGCAAAAUCCUAAUCCAAACAUCCCUACAUAAUGAAGCACCAGACUCACCCUUUCUGACCUCACACUUGGCAGAAACUGAAGCCUAAACUACAUUGCAUGUUCCUGUAGCCGGCCCUGUCUUCCAAUAAAGAAACGUCUACAUUCUGACAGCCUUGUUCAGAGCUUACUAUUGUGACACAAUAUUCUUGUCUUUCGUCAUUUGGUAGCUAUGAGUUCUUUGUAAAAUCAGCAGUAGAAUCCCCUUUACUAUUUUCAUUUCUUCUUUGACGUUUAAUGUGGCUUCAGUUGUUUUUAACUUUAAUUUCCAAUCAAAUGAAUAUGCCAUUCUAGAAAAUAAAUACUGGCUCAUGAUUGAACAGAAAA